GUACACUCGGCUCGGAGCCGCUAACGCCGCCGGCCGGCUGGUCUUCGCCAGGAGCGGACAGGGUGAGGCCAUGGCGGGGGUUCAACCUCAGGACGACCUGCUGAAGAUGACCCCGGAGAACUGGAGGGUGCAGCAUGAGCGGCUGCACGUCAAGCACCGGGGUCAUGAGGCCAUGCAUGCGGAGAUGGUGCUGAUCCUCAUCGCCACGCUGGUGGUGGCGCAGAUCGUCCUGGUGCAGUGGAAGCAGAGGCAUCACCGCUCCUACAACCUGGUGACUCUGGUCCAGAUGUGGGUGGUCCCACUUUACUUCACCAUCAAGCUGUACUGGUGGAGGUUCCUGUCCAUGUGGGGGAUGUUCUCCGUCAUCACCAGCUACAUCAUCUUCAGAGCCACCCGCAAGCCGCUGUCCUGCAGGACCCCCAGGAUGGUCUACAAGUGGUUCCUGUUGAUCUACAAGCUGAGCUACGCUGUGGGCGUCCUGGGCUACCUGGCCAUCAUGUUCACCAUGUUCGGCUUCAACGUCUUCUUCAGGAUCAAGGCGGAGGACUCCAUGGACGUGGGUGUCAUCAUGCUGUUUUACGGUCUCUACUACGGUGUCAUGGGCCGCGACUUUGCAGAGAUCUGCUCUGACUACAUGGCUUCUACGAUCGGGUACUACAACAAGGGCGGCAUGCCCAGCAGGAGCCUGAGUGGAGACAUCUGUGCCGUGUGCGGUCAGAGGAUCCUGGUGGAGGUGGAGGAGGAGGGAUUUAUAGAGGACACCUUCCAGCUCUCCUGUGGUCACAUAUUCCAUGAGUUUUGCAUCCGGGGCUGGUGCAUUGUGGGUAAGAAGCAGACGUGUCCGUACUGCAACGAGAAGGUGGACCUGAAGAGGAUGAUGAACAACCCCUGGGAGAAAACCCACGUUUUGUACGGCCAGUUGCUCGACUGGCUGCGGUACUUAGUCGCCUGGCAACCCAUCAUCAUCGGCAUCGUUCAUGGGAUAAACUUCUCUCUGGGCCUGGAGUAGAGCCCUGAGGAACACCGCUACAGGAUUAUCUGCAGUCAGCGCCAAAAAGGACUGCUUCAGGCCGCUGUUCUGAACUCUUGCUGAAUUUCCUGCUGGAUUAAUUCUUCUGGGCUGAAACGUUGCUGCAAAAUCAAGUUUCCUUUGCUCGCACAAAGGAAACUCCAGGCACAGAUCCAGUAUUCUUAAACUGCUUCUUGAAACAGGUUUUGUUUAAAUUAAACAUUAAUUCAUCUUGUAUUAUCUCGGUUUAAUUGGGUUUUAUUUGCACUCUUUGCUGCUGGAUUGUUUGACUCCAGUUAUGAGUUUCUGCUUUAUUUAUCUAAAGCUCUCUGCACAGUGUUUACAUCAGGACUUCUCUGUCCAAACGGUUCUGGUUACUCCUAAAAGCUUUUUAUGUUUUCAGGUCUGCUUGUUUUAAAUGUUUCAUUUGGAGCUCAUGUUUUAUUUAACUAUUGUCCAUUUAAGUUAAUUUCACAGGUAAAUUAUUGGUUUAUUGUCCUAAACCAUCAACACAGAGAAUGAGUACUUCUCUGAAAAUGCAGAAGUUUGAUUUUGAAGUGUCAAAAAUGUCCGUGUUGUCAAAUGAAAUAUUUAUUUGCCAAAACAUCUGAAUUUGUAUUUAAUAAAUAAUUCUGAAAUA